CAUCUGACAGCACAACCACUCGCUUUACAGCGUCUGAACACAAGAGGGAUUCAUCGCACAGUGAGAGCCAGUGCCGUCGAGAUGCCGAAACAAGUGGAAGUGCGGAUAACCGACAGUCACAUGAUGCCUGAGGAAUUCCAGAAAAAGCCCAUAUGGAGAAGGAUUCUAGCGAAUCUGCAGAAAAACCUACUGCUCACACUCACCGUGUUGGGUGUGGUGCUUGGCUCGGUGUGUGGGGGUUUGCUCCGCUACGCCUCUCCCAUCCACCCCGAUGUUGUCAUGCUGAUCAGCUUCCCCGGAGACAUCCUCAUGAGGAUGCUCAAGAUGUUGAUUCUUCCUUUAAUCAUUUCCAGUUUAAUAACAGGUCUGGCAGGCCUGGAUGCCAAGUCCAGCGGGCGGCUGGGCACGCGUGCCAUGGUUUAUUACAUGGCCACCACCGUGAUCGCAGCUGUGCUGGGAGUCAUCCUGGUGCUCAGCAUCCACCCCGGCAACCCCAACCUGAGGAAGGAGCUGGGCGAGGGCCACAAGAACAAGGAGGUGUCCAGCCUGGAUGCUUUCCUCGAUCUCAUCCGCAAUCUCUUUCCCGAAAACCUAGUCCAGGCCUGUUUCCAACAGAUACAAACGGUUACCAAGAAAAUCCUGGUCCCCACCAAACAGGAUGUGGCUAAUGUGACUGACACCAUCCUCGAGGCCAUCAAUGGCACCUUCGAGGACCCCAACGAACCCACUGUCAUGAUCAAGAAAGGCCUGGAGUUCAAAGAUGGGAUGAAUGUCCUGGGUCUGAUUGGUUUCUUCAUUGCCUUUGGGGUAACGAUGGGGAGGAUGGGGGAUCAGGCGAAGCUGAUGGUUGAUUUCUUCAACAUCCUGAAUGAGAUCGUCAUGAAGCUGGUCUUACUAAUCAUGUGGUAUUCCCCGCUGGGUAUCGGCAGUCUGAUCUGCGGGAAGAUCGUGGCUAUUGAAGACCUGGAGGUGGUAGCCCGGCAGCUGGGAAUGUACAUGGUGACGGUGGUGACUGGCCUCAUCAUUCACGGCGGCAUAUUCCUCCCCCUCAUCUAUUUCGGCAUCACCAGGAAAAACCCUUUCUCCUUCCUCGGGGGCAUCUUCCAGGCCUGGAUCACAGCCUUAGGCACCGCUUCCAGUGCUGGGACUCUCCCGGUGACAUUCCGGUGCCUGGAGGAAAACCUGGGAAUAGACAAGCGAGUGACCAGGUUUGUGCUGCCGGUCGGUGCUACCAUCAACAUGGACGGGACAGCGCUGUACGAGGCAGUGGCCGCCAUCUUUAUCGCCCAGAUGAAUGGCAUUUACCUGGACGCCGGGCAGAUCGUGACCGUCAGUCUGACAGCAACGCUGGCCAGUGUGGGAGCUGCCAGUAUCCCCAGUGCUGGGCUGGUCACUAUGCUGUUGAUCCUGACCGCCGUGGGACUGCCCACCCAGGACAUCAGUCUGCUGGUCGCUGUGGACUGGCUCCUGGAUCGCUUACGGACGUCGGUCAAUGUGGUGGGCGACUCGUUCGGGGCGGGCAUUGUGUACCACCUGUCUCGGCUGGAGCUGGAGCAGCUGGAUGCCCAACACCUGGCACAGGAGGGCAUGGAGAUGACCAAGACGCAGUCGGCACAGGCUGGUCUGAAGACCCUCCAAGAGAACAGCUCCCCCUCCGGCAAUUACUCCGGCUACAGUGCCGUGCAUGUGGAGGACUGCAAGGUCAAUGUGGCUAACAAUGGCAGCCCUGCGGACUACCCUGGUGUGGAGGAUGAAACCUGGAACCGCGAGAGCUAAAAGGCCGGAGGCUUCAGCCCAGCCGUCACCAGCCUGCCUGACGCUGUGCCGGAAACACUCAGUCAGUCCGUCAAAACCUCCUCACCUUCCCCUGCUCUCGGAUCUUUGUUUCUGGUGUCAGCGCUUGGUUGGAGUGACCGUCCUGAGCUGAGCGCUGGGGCCACAGUGUACUCGAUUUCUCGUUCAAUGUCUAGUCAUUUUCUGUAAACAGUUAAACCCGAUUUUAAUCACUUUCCGUCCACUUUCCCGCCUACUGUGGCUCACCUGUGUUGCGAGUGCAGGACCUGUGACCUAGUGUCCGCCAUAUUGGAUGCUGCCAUGUUACACAGUGAUAAUCAAUAUUCAGCACAGCUAUUUGAUCUACCCACCCAGCCCCACACCUGCACAGCACAGCCCAACCCCUGCACAGCCCAAC